UCUUUUCUUCUUCUUCAUUACAUCUUCCAAAAAAAAAACCCUAUUUUCUUUCCCACCAUUUUCUUCUAAUCCAAAAUUUCAAGAAAACAUCAAUGUUCUCUUCUUCUAUUUCAUCACAACCAUUUCAAAAAAAAUAUUGAAAUAUGUUUGGGUAAGCUUCAUACAACAUAAAGAAAGCUUGAGAAUUGAUUGAAGCUUCAUUUUGCCACUGGUGCUUUUUGGGGAUCCUAUCAUCUGGAACGAGAUGUUGAGUGCACUGCUCUAAGUACCAGAUCCUAUGGGAAGAUGUAGGUUGUGGAUUUAAUUAGUAAGGAUUCAUUUUAUAAAUUGAAGUGAAGUGAAGUUUGGUGGUUCAUUAAAAGAGGUAAUUAUAGAUUAAUAUGGAUAGAGAUUGGAUGAAAAAGAAUAGAUUGUCAAAAGAGUAUGAAGAUGGAGUUAACUAUUUCAUGAAUUUCGCCAUGCAAAAUGAAAAGGAUCCUACUAUGAUAUCUUGCCCAUGUAUGAAGUGUGGAAAUUUAAAAAAAUUGAAGGUUGUAGAUGUAAGAGGACACUUAUACAUAAAUGGUAUCGACCAAACUUACCAAAAAUGGAUAUGGCAUGGUGAGAGUGUGUCUCAACCAUCAUUUCCAAAAAGAGCUCGCAAAGAGGAUGUAUCAGAUAGGAAUUUUCACAUUGAUAUGGUUAACGAUCUAGAAGAAGAGUUUGCAGAUCGCCCGGAUGAAUUCGUAAGAAUAAUUGAAGAAUCAGAAAAAUCCAUUUAUACUGGGUCCAAGGUUAGCAAAAUGUCAUUUUUGGUUAAGAUGUAUAAUAUAGAGGCUAGGAAUGGAUUGAGUGAUAAUGGAUUUUCACAAUUACUUUCUUACUUAAGCGAUAUUUUUCCUGAAGGAAAUAAUAUCCCAAGUAGUACUUAUGAGGCAAAGAAGAUUUUGCGGUCAUUAGGCAUGGAGUAUGAAAAGAUACAUGCAUGUCCUAAUGAUUGCAUAUUAUUUAGGAAUGAGUUUGUGUUGGCUAAGCAUUGCCCUGUUUGUAAGUGCUCUAGAUGGAAGUUGAAUGAUAAUGGCAAGGAGAAGGAGGGGAUUCCUGCCAAAUUAUUGUGGUAUAUACCACCAAUUCCUAGGUUUAAGCGUUUAUUUCGCAAUACUGAACAUGCAAAAAGUUUGGUAUGGCAUGACGAUAAGAGAAUUAAGGAUGGAAAAAUGCGUCAUCCGGCUGAUUCUCCAUCUUGGAAAAAUAUUGAUGACAUGUAUCCCAAAAUAGCUUCAGACCCUAGAAAUCUUCGACUAGGCCUUUCUGCGGAUGGUAUCAAUCCUCAUAGUUCCAUGAGUAGCAACUACAGUUGUUGGCCAGUCAAUCUUGUUAUUUAUAAUCUUCCUCCUUGGUUAUGCAUGAAACGUAAAUUUGUCAUGUUGUCAUUAUUAAUUUCUGGGCCUAAGCAACACGGAAAUGAUAUUGACGUGUAUUUGGCACCACUGGUGGAUGAUUUAAAACAAUUAUGGGAAGGAAUUGAAUGCUAUGAUGUAAGAAAAGAUGAAACUUUUACUUUGCGAGGAGUUUUAUUGUGGACAAUCAAUGAUUUUCCAGCAUAUGGUAAUCUGUCUGGGCAUUGUGUCAAGGGAUAUAAAGCAUGUCCUAUUUGCUCAGAACAGACAUAUGGUGUUAGAUUAACACACUGUAAAAAAGUUGUGUACAUGGGCCAUAGACGAUUUCUACAACCUACUCAUCCAUUUCGUAGGUACUCAAAGGAAUUUGAUGGUACAAUUGAAGAUAGAAUUGCUCCCACUCCCAUGACUGGUAUAGAAGUUUUUGACAAAGUUAGUCAGUUGGUGAAUCGAUUUGGGAAGAUUCCCCCAAAUACAAAAGAUAAAGAAAAAGUGAAACAAAAAGGAAAAGGAAAUAAAGGGAAAGGCAAAGGCAAAGGCAAAAAGAAGAAAGUUGUAAAAGUCAAAAGAGUUUCAAAAGCUAAGAACAAGAUUGAAGAUGCUUGUUGGAAGAAGAGAUCUAUUUUUUUUGAGUUGGAGUACUGGAAACAUCUCUUAUUGCGACACAAUCUUGAUGUCAUGCACAUUGAGAAAAAUAUUUGUGAAAGUAUAAUUGGAACCUUACUUAAUAUUCCAGGAAAGACAAAAGAUAGUUUUUCAUCACGACUAGAUCUGUUAGAAAUGGGAAUUAGAACAGAUUUAGCUCCUCGUGUUAAAGUGGGAGAAAAGAGAAAGUUAUUACCAGCAGCUUGUUACAACCUUACAAAGGAAGAAAAACAUCAAGUUUGUGAGUCGUUGGCCAAUGUGAAAGUCCCAUAUGGUUAUUCAUCAAAUAUUCGCAACUUGGUUUCAAUUAAAGAUUUAAGACUUAUUGGGCUUAAAUCGCAUGAUUGUCAUGCUUUAAUGCAACAAUUGCUCCCUAUUGCUAUUCGAGGAAUUUCUCAAACUCAUGUUAAAUCUGCAAUCAUCAGGCUUUGUAUGUUUUUUAAUGCAAUUUGUUCAAAAACUAUUGAUGUAUCGUCUCUAAAGCCAUUGCAGAAAGAAAUUGAGUUAACACUGUGUUUGCUUGAACAAUUUUUUCCUCCAUCAUUUUUUGAUGUAAUGGUUCACUUAACUGUUCAUUUAGUUAGGGAAGUUGAGUUAGGUGGGCCUGUGUAUAUGAGGUGGAUGUAUGGAUUUGAAAGAUACAUGAAGAUAUUAAAGGGAUAUGUUAGAAAUCGAAGUAAACCUGAAGGUUGUAUUGUUGAAUGCUACAUUGCAGAAGAAGCUAUAGAGUUUUGCUCUGAAUAUGUUGUGAAGGAGUUGGUGCUGGAAUUGCUACAUUUACAACCAACGAAGAAAUAA